CGAGGUUGUUAAAUUCCGCCAUGUUUGUUUUGUAGUUUUAAUAUUUCAGAAGUCAGAAAUAAUGUGUUAAACGGAAAAUAGUUUAAAUCAUCUCGAUAUUCAAACAGUAUAUAACACAAGUGUUUAUACAGAUACACGUAUACUUAAAACUGAUUUAUAAAUUAGAUUAGUAACUAUGUCUUCAACAGGUACCGAACACUACAGUAGAAUUAUGCUGACAUUAAUGAAAGGUGGAACAAAACUAACAAGAAGACUUGUGGAGAAAAGAGUUAAAGAUCUAAGCAAAAAUGGUGGAGAAGAUACUAUCGAUGAAUUUUUGCUAAAAAACAAAUCUUUGAUAUUAGAACAAAAGUUGGGAAAGAACAAGCAGGAUGUGAUUUUUCCACAGUCCGGACAAACGAAUCUAGAUUACUGGGACCUUUGCAUGUUUUGUUCAAUUCUGGAAGAAACGUGUGAUCUGACACAUAUUACGAAGAUGUAUAUCAAGAAGCUUUUAAAGAUCAGAAACAAACUUUGUCAUUUAAAUGACCCAACGUUAGAAACGAGAAAAUUCGACGAGUAUACUGAACACAUGAAAUGCUGCUUUGAACACUGUUUAAAAGAGAUCAAUGAUGACAAGUUUACUGAGGAAAUGAAUGCACUUGUUCAGUCAUUAGCCACUGGUCCUUUGUCAAUAGAUGAUACGCUUAAAGCUGUUCAUAAGCUUUACCAUCUAGAAUGGACAUAUAGAGAAGAAUUGGAAAAAAUUGGGAAUGGCCAAGACUCGACAAAUGGAAAGAUUGACACACUUAUUGAAGAGGUUGGAAGACUUAAUUCUCGUUUGUCAUCUGACGCUUCUGCAGGCAUUCCGGGUAUUGGAAUUGUGAUAGAGGUUGAAAAGUGCAGUGCAGAAAUGAAGAAAGAAAUUUUAGAUAUUUUAGAGAAAAACUUCAACGAGGCUAUAGAACAGAAAGUACCAAGUCUUGAGGAAGAUCUUCCAAACGGUGCUCUACAUACAAUCAGGGAAACAGUUAUACAAGUGUUUCGAGAGUUUUUAAUAAUGGGAAGACAUGUAACAUCUGUGAAGCAAAAGUGUCUGUUACUUACAAUAAAAUGUACAUCAGUGAAAAGCUUUCUCGAAAUGAUCCGCGAUUACAGAACUGGAGAUCUCUCAAAACAACUCUCGGGCAUUGAAACAGCUAUAAAGAAUUUGCCAGGUUGUGGUAAUGUCCAACUUACCAAUCUCAUCUUCAAAGACGAAUUCAUGGAACUCAUGGCUAACCUUGGUAUAUCAAUUUUUGUAUUACCAUAUACUUCACCUAGAAAUAUAACUGUCUUUAUCCUUUUAAUCUUAUGUUGA